AGUGACACUGAUAUAACAAAACUACUUGGACCCUUUGUAGUGGCUUCCUGCAGGAUGUCACAUCUGUUGUGUCCUACCUUUGUUUCGGUCUUGAUGGAUGUGUCCACCGGCGAGUAAUGGCAGUCUCGUGCAGCCUGUGGACCAAUCGCGACGGUCCUGACUUCAACGAGGGACAACAGUUCAGUUUGAGAUGGCGCCCAGCUCGAAAUCCGAAAAGGACGAUAGCAAACACAAAGCUCAAAGAAAACACAAAGACCAUGUCGUGAAGCUUCUCAUGCGUGGGAAGCUGUCAGGACAGUUUUCUCAGCGCCUGUUCAGGAAGCUGCCACCUCGAGUGUGUGUCCCAUUAAAGAACAUUGUCAGUGAGGAGUUCCUGAGAGCAGGACAUAUCUUUCUUGGCUUCACCAAAUGCGGCCGAUACGUUCUGUCCUACACCAGCGAUUGUGGAGAAGAUGAUGAUUUCUCUUUCUAUACCUACCAUCUCUAUUGGUGGGAGUUCAACCUGCACAGUAGGCUCAAACAGGUGCAUCAUGUACGUCUGUUCGCAGGAGAGGAAAUCUACAGCGACCUGUACCUGACUGUGUGUGAGUGGCCAAAUGACCACUCCAAAAUUGUCAUCUUUGGCUUCAAUACACGUAGUUCAAGUUCCGUUCUGAUGAACUUAAUGAUGAGUGAUGAAAACAACAGAGACAUCUACAUCACCAUCGCCUCCAUGCCUCCUCCUAAGCCUUGCUCUUACUGCUGCCCAGUUCCCUCAGCCACUACCAUACGUACAGGAAGUGGUGAGUGUCUGGAGCAUGGCUAUGUGCUCAACAGCAGGUACCAGGUGGUGUACCCGUUCCCCACUUUCCAGCCAGCUUUCCAGCUGAAGAAGGACCAGGUCAUCCUGUUAAACACUAGCUACUCGCUGGUGGCCUGUGGCAUCUCACUCUGUCCAGGUAAGCGGGGUCAGUCAUCGCAGAUCCUUUACACAAAGAGAGCAGCGCUGUCAAGUCAAGCCUCCGCGUCUUUUUCCUCCACCUCCUCGGCCUCUUCUUCCUCGCUACCUCAGGGAUCUCCCGAAAGCCGACUUCCACCCAGCAGACCCGCUCCAAUCCCCUCAUCUCCUAGCCAGUCACAAGCAGCCGUGCGAGCCCGGGAGUUUGCAGCUGACCUCUUCAGGCGGGCCCAGGGAGGAGGAGGAGGUGGAGGAGGAGUAGUAGGAGGGAAAGAAAAGGAAGGCCAGGCAGAAAGGAGAACAAUUGAUGGUGGUGAAAAAGAGGUAGCGCAGAUGUCAGGAGACAAAGGGAUAAAUGGAGAGAGGAGGAGAGAGGAGGAGGAUUGUAGAGAGAGGAGGGAGGAGGAGAGACGGACUAGUUUACCACAAGUGUCAACAUCCGGCGGGAGUCACAGUUUGCCACAGUGCUCUGAACAGGUGAUGUCUCCCGACUCCUCUUCCUCAUCACCUUCGUCCCCUCCAACCCCAUCCACAUCCCAGGAGUUCUGCCCCAGCGAGCCUGGAUAUGUCAACUAUUCACGCCUGCACUUCUGCCUCCAACAGCCAGGGGCAGCAGAGCAGAAUACAGGAGGUUAUGAAGACGAUAAAGUUCAGCUACCUUUCACAGUCACUGACCUUAAAGGACGGAACCUGCAGCUGGUCACCGGGCCACACAAUGGACAGAGUGUGUGCGUGGAGCAGUUGACUCUAGACUUUGAGUAUCUUAUCAAUGAGGUGAUCAGGAGCGAUGCUGCCUGGGCCCCUCAGUUCUGCUCCUUCAAUGACUAUGAUGUUGUGAUAUUAGAGGUGUGUCCUGAAACCAACACUGUGAUGAUCAACAUUGGUCUGCUGUUACUGGCCUUCUCCAAUUCGGAUGAGGAGCAUUGCAGGCCAAACACAUACCAUUCCAACCUGCAGGUCAGCUGGGACCUAAACACAGGUGUGUGUCGCACCGUGGGUGUUGGUGACCUUACAGAGGUCAAGGGUCAGACCAGUGGUAGUGUGUGGAGUUCCUACAGGAAGUCCUGCGUGAACACAGUGAUGAAGUGGUUGGUUCCUGAGAGCAGCUCGCGCUACAUUAAUCGCAUGACAAACGAAGCUCUACACAAAGGCUCGUCCCUGCAAGUGUUGGCAGAUAGUGACCGAUGUACCUGGAUUGUAUUAUGAAGAAAGGAGGGUCACAAGUGUCGAAGCAACAGGAACAAAAGCACACACAGAUACACAUCAACAUGGCCUCAUUGUCAGUAUGGAGCUCGAUCUUAAUCUGAGAAAAACUGCACACGUUCAGUGACUACGCUUUGGUAACAUGUAGUUAAAACACGUGUCAAAUUUGAAACUGUACAAAGAACGCUGUAGUUGAAAUACUGUAAAGAUGAAGUUUUUUAGGCGUCUGCGUUUAAUUUGACAGGUUUCAUCUUUUUUUUGUAUUUGUGUACUGUAUCAUUGCUACCACCAAAACCAAGAGCUGGACUGAACAAAGUUUUUACGUUUUUGUUUUUAUACAUAAAGACGUACCGUUAUUGUAGCGUGAGUGUUUCCUGUGUGUGUGUCUGUCUGUAACUGAAUGUAUGCAAUAUCUGCACCUGUGUGAUGUUCACAAGGGGAUUUCAUCCAAACAAUAAGUGCGUGUUUGUAUGAGUGUGUGCAUGUUUAAUGUGUAUGUAACAUUUGACAGAUUCUGCUGCUUCUGAACCAGUUGUUUCCUCACCUGGCCUGGACCAGUUCAGUCUAGCUGUGUUGAUUUAUAAGGCUGCAGUAUUUAAAAUGAGACAAAUUGAAACCAGUACUGCAUCACUUGACUCUUAACAUCUUUUUUUUUUUUUUUUUUUAACUCGUGUCAUGGAAGUAGAGGGUUGUUGGAGUCACCUGCUCAGCUGGUUGACAUCACGUUGUAUGUUUACUGGCUUGGAAGUAAUACUAUGUUCUAUUGGGAUAUUUUGUUAAAAUAAAAUGUUCAAACGUU